AUGGAGCACGUGGAGCAAGCUGUGGCCAAGGCUCUCGGACAAGUGGUGCAGACGGGCCUCGCAGGGGUUUCCUCCCACAGCCAGGCCAUCGCGGCCAAAAUGGCAUCAUGGAAGAAGGGGAUCCUGGAUGAAGGUGCACGCCAGCUUGCAGCCACAGAUGCUCAGAUCAAUGAGGCUGUGCAGAGGGCGGAGGCGACAGUGGGUGGCCUCUUGAGGCUUGCCCGCUCUUUGUAUGAGCGGGACAGGCCAAAGACUGAGGAUGAGAUUGUUGCAGCGAUGAUGCUGCAGGUCGAGCAGCACAUGGAAACCCUGGCACUCUCGGGCAGUGCUGGUGCAGCUGGGACCGGGGGAACGAUCCAGACAUCCCCCAUGGAUGUGUGCCCUGCUUCGGAAGACACGCUGAAAGAGAUGAUGCAGUACGGCUUGCUGUUGCAACGUGCCGACGGCACCUACGAAACCCCGGACGAGCAGGACCGAAGGCUUGCUCACAACAUGCGGAUGAGGUUCAAUCGGAGCUUCGACAGCCCGCUUUGCCCGCAGCCUGUGCUGGAGGCGGCAAAGGGACUCUUCGAAGAGUGGGUCCAGGCUGCCGAAAACUGGGACAACUCAAGCAUCGUCUUUAACGCCAAGCUCUCCAAAACACAACGACGCCGCGGAAAAUACGUUAUGAAAACGUUUCGGGACCUGAAGGCACUGUACGGCAGCGCCAGUGCCAAGGCAAUCCGCGAAAAAAAAAAGGAGUUGGGCUCCGAAUGGUGGUGGCCGCAUCCAGAAAUGGGGGAGAGCGAGGACAUCGAUGUCGAAGCAGAGUGGGAAUGCUUCAAAGUGUACGACUCCAUGGAGUUCGAGGACGACGAGACGAGCACGCAGGAGCAUUCGUUCAGGGCAGAGGGCACUCUCGAUGCUGAUGCUACAAGGGCUCUUGUGGGAAGCUACCACCAGCCGGGCGCUCCGGCCAGUUCGUCCUACUCGGUGAUCCCUGUGCCUGCUAAGAUGCCUCCCGCCCCGCCCGCCACCCCCGGUGCCGGCGGUCAAGCCCCAGAGCAAGUCCCGGGAAAGGGAAAAUCCAAAGGCAAAACCUCCCUGCGAAAAGCCGCCACGACAAAGCUCUCUCAAAUCUCUUCGAAGCUAACCGAAGCCCGUGUUCUGGCUGCCGAGCUGCCUGCUGCCACGCAAAUGCCUCUCAGCCUGAGAAGAUCAGAUUAUCAAGAGCUGAUUUGA